AUUCCACGCAGACAACACGCAAAGCAAAGAAAAGAGAAGAAAGGCGAACCGUCAGAGUUGUUGGAUGAUUCCACGCUUUAGACACCGACUAAUCAGCAAACUUGGAUUAUAUUUUUCUUCUGAUUAGCGAACAUGAAAAAUCUUCCUUUCUUACGCGUAAGGGCCAUUGGAACCAACACCAUUCACUGAAAUCUUAUAAAUACCUCAACGCCCUCUUUAUACAAACCAUUUUCGAGUUAUUCCAAGCAUUCGUCUAAGGUACAUAAAUUAAAGGUAUGGAAGAUUCCGUCGAAGUAAGUCUAAAUGAAGCAAAAGAAGAGAAGAAUAUGAUUGAAUUGGACGUGAAGAAUGAAUCAAAGGAAGAAGAGAAAGAAAAGGAUUUAGAAGAUAAAUGUGGGGAAGGCGAGGAGAAGAAGAAAAAGAAGGAGAAGGAUAAAAAGAAAAAGAAAAAGGAUGAUGAAAAUGGUGCAGAUGAUGAUGGUGAUGAGGAGAAAAAGGAGAAGAAGAAAAAGGAAAAGAAGGACAAGGUAAAAGAUGAUGAAGGUGAGGAUGAUAAUGAGAAGAAAAAGGAAAAGAAGGACAAGGAUAAGAAAAAGGAAAAGAAAAAGGACCAUGGCAAUGAAGAAGCAGAUAAUGAUGAUAAAAAGAAGAAAAAGGACAAGAAGGAGAAAGAGAAGGAUAAGAAGAAAGAAAAGAAGGAAGAUAAUGAAGAAGAAGAAGUGGAUAAUGAUAAAAAGAAGAAAAAAGACAAGGAGAAAGAGAAGGAUAAGAAGAAAGAAAAGAAGGAAGAUGAUGAAGAAGAAGUGGAUAAUGAUGAUGAAGAGAAUAAGAAAAAGAAGAAAAAAGAUAAGAAGGAGAAAGAGAAGAAGGAUAAGGAGGUCAAAGUUGAAGUUGCUUCAAAGGAGAUUGAUAUAACAGAGAAUGAGAAGGAAUGCAAGGAAGAGAAGGGUGAUGGGAAGGGUGAUGAGAAAGAUGCUAAAGAGAAGAAGAAGAAGAAAGAGGACAAGGAGAAGAAGAAAAAGGAAAAAACCAAUGAUCUAAGCACCUUGAAGCAGAAGCUUGAAAAAGUUAAUGGCAAAAUACAAGCACUCCUUGAAAAGAAGGCAGAUAUAGAAAGGCAGAUAAAAGAAUCUGAAGCUGAGGGCAAUGUUAUCACCCAGAAAGACAAGGAUGUGGUAUAAUGGUAAAUUUCAACCUUUGUUUGUAAUCCUGUAUGUACAUAUAUGUUGUCGAUUCACACUUCAGAAAUUACUGAAUGAGAUGUGUAUCUAAGUUAAAUGAGGUUCACAUCCUAUUCAAUAAUUGUAUAAUGUAAUACUAUAUGUGCAUAUAUGUUGUCGACUCAUACUCCAUUCACUAUUAAACGAGAUAUGUAUCUAAUUCAAAUGAGAUUCACAUCCUAUUCAAUAGUGGAUGAAAUGCGAGUUGAUACAGUUUUUUCACACAUAAGAUCAUUUACACAUAAUGCUUUUUCCAUAAUGUAAUAAAAUUGUCUUAUGAAUUGACUGAAAAUUUGUCA